CACACACGCAUAGAGCGCACCGGGAGACGCGCCAGAUGUUACUUAUACGCCGCACGUGCGAGGCAACCCGUCCCGUAAUGGCACGCGCGUCCAUCCCUAAUGCAACCUAGAUUAAAUUCUAUCCAUUAUCACCAUCAUAUAAAAAAAGCUAGGUGCGGGUAUUAAAGGCGAGGCCGUCAUGUUGCACACUGGGAUCUGCGUGAAGGGAUGAUGACACCGGCCGCGACGUCACGAGCCCGAUAUGAUGACUCCAUAAAAAGCCAGAGGAACACCAUUACACACUCAGGAUCGAGUCCUCUAAGGUUGAUAUGCUGAUGAUAUCCUUGCCACACAACAGAAUUUGAAUUAUGGGUAACGUGGAGAGCCAGUAUGGCAGCCACAGUUUCUACAGUGACCGUGAACGGCAGCUGUCACGGAAGCGAGUGUCCCGAUCAUUGCGUCUAUCAGGGAAGCAGUCGUACCAGAGAAAACCCGAGCACCGUAACUCAGAGACAAGCACACGUUCCAGUAGCACACCCAGCAUCCCGCAGUCGCUUGCUGAACAUGGCCUGGAGCCGUUUGACGACGCUGAUGCACUGCCGCACUUCAGCUCGCCCAUCUGGGUCGACCGGGUGGCUAUGAAUCUGCGCCCUAUGAGCUUCCACAAGGAUUCGGCUAAUGAACCAUGUAACAACACUCCAGCGAACAUUCCUGCUCUUGUUGCCGGCAAUGAUGAGAGUACACAGGACGCCUCUAAGCCACCAGAUACGGCUGGUUCUUUCAAGAAAAAGCGUUCCAAAUCUGCAGACGUAUGGAGGGAUGAUUCUUUGGAGGUAUCUCUGUCUGAUGCAAGCCUGGAGCGGUUAACAAGCACAGAGGAUCUCAUGGACAAUGCUAACAAUACUGAUGUCACCCAUGCGAAUUCGCUGGGUGAGCUUUACCCACCACAGAACUACGCUAAAAAACGCCACAAGGGUGGAGUUCUAUGCAGAGACAGCGAGGAGGACAAAAUGCUGUCUCCGUGCGAGGAUGAUGGUGCCACUUAUGGAGCGUUCACAUUGCCCUGCCGCCGGUCUCAUUGUCUGUCAGAGGGUUUGACCAAUUACCAGGCAGCAAUGCCAGGAAGGCGGGCACAAACCAUACAAGAUGUGACAGUGGUGGACGUCACUGAGCUGGAGGACAGUGGGAUUGAUGGCCUGAUUGGAGACGGUGAUGUGUGUGAGCUUCCAUCCCGCCAUUACAAGGCCCUGUCUGUGUACUCCACACCAGCAGGGGGAAUUAGAGACACGCCUGACGCUGCCGUGCAGGGUGUUUAUGAGAACUUUCGUCAGGAGCUGGAGAAAAGCAGCUACAGGGCAGAGACUCUGGAGGAAGGGGCGUCGGCCCUAAGCGAUGAACUGAGCUCGGCCAAUCAGACGGAGGCACUUUUGGGUGUGACCGAAGGAUGCGUACGCAAAGCCGGCCGUCUUAAUGUAAAAAAUCUGCUCGUGCACAAGAAGAACAAGAAGGUGGAGCUCGCUGCUCGUCGCAAGUGGAAGAGCUACUGGGUCUCGCUAAAAGGAUGCACUCUGUUUUUUUAUGAGACGGACGGGCGAUCAGGAAUCGAUCACACCAGCAUCCCAAAACAUGCCGUUUGGGCAGAGAACAGUAUUGCACAGGCUGUUCCCGAGCAUCCAAAAAAAGAUUUUGUCUUCUGCCUCAGCAACUCAAUGGGAGACUCGUUCCUUUUCCAGACAUGUAGUCAGACAGAGGUGGAGAACUGGGUGACGGCGAUCCACUCUGCCUGUGCAGCUGCCGUUGCGCGGCAACAUCACCGCGAGGACACGGUACGCUUCCUUCGCUCCGAGAUCCGAAAACUGGAGCAGAAGAUCGACAUGGAUGAGAAGAUGAAGAAGAUGGGAGACAUGCAGCUGGCCUCCGUCAAUGAUACCAAGAAAAGGAAAACCAUUCUGGAACAGAUCUCAGUAUGGGAGCAGAAUCUGGAGUGUUAUAACGUGGACCUUUUCCGUCUGAGGUGUUAUUUAUGCAGCCUGCAGGGGGAGGAGCUUCCCAAUCCGAAGCCUCUUCUCUCAGUGGCCUCACGCUCCACAAAAAUCUCCAUGGGACGUCUCGGCUUCUCGGUGUCUUCUUUUCACGCUCUGGUGGCGGCACGUACAGAAAGCAGCGUUCGGAGGAGAGCACACGCCAUGUCACACUCCAUUGGCAAGCGGAAAAGUCGCUUCUCCUCCCUGUGGGGACUGGAGACAAACUCAAAGAGGAAAUUACAUACACACACACAUCCCAGCAUUGAACAGGUGUUUGCAGAUGGGGAGGAGCCUGUGAAAAGGGAUCUGGAAGGAAUGAUGGAGGAAUCUUCUAGGACAAAUGUGAAAGAUGAGCAGGUUUGUGUGACUGGCCUGGUGAAGGGCCGCCUAACGCCCUCCUGGGUGUGUUUACCUGACGGUCGUCCCAUUCUCACUGUGAUACGACCCGGAGAGUCGGCGCUCGACACACUGGAGACCAUCUGCAAGGCUCAUGACUUGGACUCAACCAAACAUUACCUGUGUUUAAAAUUCUUGAUUGAGACACAGGUGCAGUUCUACAUCCCCAAGCCAGAAGAGGACGUAUACGACCUGCUCUAUAAGGAGAUCGAGCUCUGCUCCAAGAUUAGGAAAGUCAUUCAGUUUGACAGGGACGAGUCCUGCAUGAUCGGCUAUGGUUUCUCUAUCUCUAUGGUGGAGGACGACAGCGUGCAGCAACUCUACAUUACCGACGUAAAAGCAGGAGGAUUAGCGUUCGCCAAAGGUUUGAAUGCGGGAGACGAGAUCCUGCAGCUGAAUGGCAAAAACUCCAGCACGUUGACAUUCUCCGACAUGAAGACUGCGUUCUCUCAGGCAUCUCUCUCACUCACCGUGAACACGCUGCCCCCGAUGGACCGAAGGCAACACUGUUUCCUACCCCCGAGACGCUCUGAUGCCGUCCAGCAACUGUACACUGACAUCUUCUCCCAGAACCAGGAGGAUAUUCUCGAUGACGGAGUUGGGCUCAUCUCCGAGACGUCUGGGGACAGCCUAGACGAUGACACUGAGCUGUUUAGUGACUACAGGGACUAUGAAACGGUAAAGAUCUCUGACUGACUGCCUGCUGCAGUAUUUUA